AUGAAGACAAAUGUUAACAAAAGUUUGGGCGGAGAUGGAAUACCGAUUAGUUGCAUCUCAUCAACGUCGACAAAUGAAGAUUCAUUAACUAUAAAUAAUGGUCAAUUUAAUAAUAAUGGACAUCAUACAAACAUUAUUACGAGAGCGUUCAGAAAUAUUUUUCCGAAAAAAUUCGCAAAUGGAGCAUCAAAUAAUCCUUAUGAAAAUAGUUAUGGUGAUAAUAUAAUUUUAGUAUCACCAGACGAAAAGGGUUUACAUAGAAAUUUAAAGGAACGACAUAUGAUUAUGAUUGCAUUAGGUGGAACUAUUGGAACUGGCUUAUUUUUGGCUUCUGGUCAAGCUUUAGCAUCAGCAGGUCCUGGUGGUUCUCUCGUUUCCUAUGGAAUUAUUUCAAUUAUGGUCUAUUUUGUCAUGACAAGUCUAGCUGAGCUUGCGACUCAAUUUCCCAUUAGUGGUUCUUUCAAUACAUUUGGUAGUCGUUUUGUGGAUGAAGCAUUCGGCUUUGCAUUAGCCUACAACUAUUACUUUUCGUGGGUGACAACUAUUGCAGGAGAAUUGGUGGCCGCCGGUAUUAUCGUCCAAUAUUGGUUACCGAAUUUUCCCAGUAUAGUAUGGUCAAUAUUAGGAAUGGCGAUUAUGUUUUUACUAAAUGCUUUUACAGUCAAAGGUUACGGGGAAGGGGAAUAUUGGUUUGCAAUGAUCAAAGUAAUUACUGUGCUCAUCUUCUUACUAGUUGGUCUUCUAGUGGAUGUUGGUGCCGUGGGUAAACCGAAAAAAAAAUAUGGCUUUGAAAAUUGGAAAUUAGAUGGAGCACCAUUUGUCGAUGGAGUGCGUGGUGUAAUAACCACGUCAAUCAUAUCAGGUUUUGCUUUUCAAGGAACUGAAGCUGUAGGCAUCGCUGCUGGUGAAAGUUCUAAUCCAAAGAGGGAUGUGCCUCGUGCGAUGAAUGGAACCAUAUGGCGUAUUAUUUUGUUCUUUGUCGGUGCCAUCUUUAUCAUGGGUCUAGUUAUUCCAUAUAACGAUCCAAAUCUCGCUAAAAUAGGUGGUGUUGAAAAUGUUGCUGUGUCACCUUUCACCUUGGUAUUUGCAAGAUCUGGCAUUCCCGGAGCAGAACAUAUUAUGAAUGCUGUCAUUCUAACAACAAUAUUAUCGGCUGGUAAUUCUGGUCUUUACUUAUGUACACGUAUUUUCUGGACAUUGGCUAUGGAAGGCAAAGCACCUCGUGUCUUUCGUCAUCUAACUAAAGGUGGAAUUCCUAUUUGGUGUUUGGUUAUAACAACUGUUCUUGCAAGCUCUCUGUUUGGUCUCUCAUUCGUUGGAAAUAAGGUGAUUUAUAUAUGGCUUGUAAAUAUGACUAGCGUGAUGGGUUUUAUUGCUUGGUUUGGAAUUGCAGUAGCACAUUACCGAUUUCGUCGAGCAUAUAUUCUACAAGUAAAACAAUCAGAAAUUAGUGUUCAUAAUCUUUUAUUUGCAAUAGAUUGUUUAGAAAUAUUCGUCUUAGUAUUUUUAUUAUAUAAAAUUUUCAUUAAACCAUUCUAUCGUUUAAUAUUUCCGAAAAUUCCAUCGAAUGAGCAAAAAUAA